AUGAACGCUGGAGUGAUAGGCGAUCCGUACUACCGCUUCAAUGAGCGUGAAUAUCAGUGGGUGGCACAGGAGACGUGGAUGUACGAGACGCACGUGACAUUGCCAAGCGACGUGAACUCCAAGCCUACGCUUGUGUUCGAGACACUGGACGGAUGGGAAGCAGCUGGCGACCACGGCGAACUCCUUCGUGCCGUACAGAAUCGACGCGGCACCUGUGCUCCUACCGGGGAUCAGGCGGACGAGUAUCCGUACUUCGUACCAGCGACGGAGAACUUCAAUACGUGGACGGAGCCUACGCGACGCUCGUUUGUCCGCAAGGCUGGCUCGGACUUUGGUUGGGACUGGGGGCCAGCAUUCGUCACGUCUGGUAUGGCUGGAGCAGCAUAUAUCGAGUUUGAAGAGGCGGUGGUGAAGCUGAAGGACUUGCAGGUGGUGCAGGUUUUUCCUCGUGGAAAGGAAGACGCCUCAGUUGUGGAUGUCACUGUACGUGUGGCGCUGGAUAGCGGGAAAGCCGCGCAUGAAAACGUUACGUUUAAUUUAUUUAUCAACGACAAGAAAGAGAGUGCCAUCACUACAACGAUUUCAAAGGACUGGAAGGAGGACGCGGCAAUUGAUCUUUUGGCUCGAUUGGAAAAUCCAAAGUUGUGGUGGCCUGCUGGGUAUGGCGAGCCCUAUCUGUACGACAUUCGCGUGGACGCAUGGAACUCGGACUUCAACUCGUCUCUUUCUCACAAGACCGGUAUUCGCCAAGUGGAGCUGAUUCAGGAUGACACAACUGCUGGCGAUGUGGCUGGAAAGACUUUCUACUUCAAAAUUAAUCGUGUUCCUAUCUUCAUCAAAGGUGCGAAUUGGAUCCCGACAGAUUCGUUCUCCACCCGUACAAAGGCAUCCACUGUUCGUCAUUUACUGGGGAGUGUCCGCGCCGCGAACAUGAACAUGGUUCGUGUUUGGGGUGGCGGUCGAUAUGAAUCCGACCUAUUCUACGCCGAAUGCGAUCGGCUGGGCAUUCUCGUGUGGCAGGAACUCAUGUUCGCGUGUGGAAUGUACCCUCGCGACUCUGCAUUUCUGCAGAACGUGCUGAAGGAGGUUGGUUUUCAAAUCAGCCGGCUUCGCAAAUACACGAGCAUUGCAAUAUGGGGCGGGAACAACGAGAACGAAAAUAUGAUGGAGCAGUUUGUUGAGGCACCAAUAUUUCCACCAGGAACGCCGUUCAACCGCGAUAUCGCCGUUGUCGACUUCACCAAGCUCUUUGUGGACUUAAUCCAUCCAACUAUCGUUGCUAUGGACUCCAGUCGGCCAUUCGUCGAUACGUCUCCGUCUAACGGUUUGUAUUCGGUCGAUCCUUACGUCAAGCGAUGGGGGCCCUCAAAUGGAGUCGCGUUUGGUGACGUUCACUUCUACGACUACAAUAGCGACUGUCAAGACUACCGAAUGUACCCGCGAGCUCGCUUCGUUUCAGAGUUUGGCUUUCAGAGCUGGCCUUCAGCUGCUUCUCUACACGACGUCAGCUCGAAGGAAGAUUGGGGUUCUUUUCAAGCGUUCUGGAAAAUCUUAAAGUUUCGCCAAAGACAUGAGAACGGUACGACUCAAAUGCUCACGCAGCUUCAGCGCCGCUUUCAUGUGCCAUUCCCUUUUCGCAACGAAAAGUGGCUUGACGAAGAGUCUGUUGUCCAAGAUAUGUCCUUUGGCUUCAGCAUUAGCAAACGCAUCGAGGCGUAUCUGUAUCUGACACAGAUCCAGCAAUCGCUGUGCUACCAAACUGCCAUCCAGACGUGGCGACGUGGCAAGAGCAUCGAGCUCGACAACGAAGCUGUGCAAGUAUACGCCGUGAGCGAUGUGAACGAAGAUCUGCAGGUAGACAUCGUGUUUGAACUUCGGCGAACCAAGUGCGGUAGUCUUGUGAAGACUUUCGGCCUCAAAGCAAUUGCAAUAGCAGCAUUGGUGGGGAAUUCUAUGGGGAAUGCGGAGAGCCGCUCAGUCGAAGAGCUGGACAUCGACGCGCUGCUGGAUCAUGACGCCACGUCCUGCCACCGCAGAUCUUGCUUCUUAGGUGUCCGCUGUGUCACUAACAGCAGCGUCACUGGGAUCGAUGCGGCGGCCUGCGAGGACACUCAGCACUUCUUCGCACCGUUCAAGCACCUCAAUCUGGGUUGGGGAGACGUGGUCGCUCAGUCUGUUCAGAAGACAAAGGUCGAGAAUACCGUCAUAUUUAGCGUGGAUCUUGUGGCAACGAACUUCACGGCAUUAUUCGUGGAGGUGGAGGUGCCAGGUGUUCUCGGCUACUGGAGCUCCAACUCGUUCCUGAUGGUGGGAAGCGAAACCAAGACGCUUAAUUUCACUGUGGCGCUCUCGGACAAUGUGGACAAGCUCUCGAUAGACGCGUUCUCGAGCUUACUCCGUGUGAACUGGCUCCAAAAGAGCUACGACAACUCGAUCGAGGACGUGGCGGUGCAGUAA